GCACCGCGAGACUUUUGGACCAGCAGUGCAAUAUUAAACUCCUUCAAUGGGAGUUUUCCACUGUUGUUUUAGGAGUGGGCAGCAUGCGAAAGCUUCGUCACAAGCCCGCGAGCCUACGCACCCAAGCUCUGGUGCCGGACUGCAGCUACUGCAGUCAGCGGACUACCGGACAAUAGGAGAUGGCUUCGAAGCGAGCUUCGACCCUCGAGAGCGGGAACACGACAAGUGCCGGUCAUCGAGCACUGCGGAACAAGAGCACGGUGGCACCAGCAGCGUUGCCCUUAUCGAUGCAUCCACGCCUUUUGGGACGCCAUAUCUCCAGUCCCGUGGCCGGCUCUCAGACUGCGGUAAAGUCCGGCCCGAGUUGCAAAUUCUCAACUCACCCUUCUCGAGCGCGGCGGGCUUCGGCCAAAAGACGCAACAGGCCGCGGGUUCUCAGUUUUUGGACGUGGAAAACCUCGUGAAUCUGCAGCGCUCGCCCACAAGCAAGGCGGAGCUAGCCUUCGACGGGUCUUCCGCCUGGCCCCGCACACGGACGUUUGACGACCUUCGUGCCAGCAUAUCCAACGCAUACUGGAUCGGCCAAGGCGCUAGCGGCGCGGUGGUUCGAGCUCAAUGGCGCUCGGAGGGAUGUACUUGCGCCAUCAAAUGGAUUGUGUGUGACGCGCCAAAUGCGCCGGCCGCGUACAUGGAGGCUCUUGUAGCAAAAAUGCUGGCUCACCCGUACCUCGUCCAGACCUUUGAGUAUGGCCUUUGCCAGCUGGACGCCUCCUUCGAGGAGCUGAGCUGCAAGGCUCGGGGGCUGGGCAGUAUCUUUGGCCUCUCGGACCUGUGCGCCGCUUCGCCGCUGCAGCAGGCCGGCGGUGCCGGCAUCUCGCUUGCAGCUUCCACCAGCCGCAGCAACGCUGCGGGCGCGGACACGGGCGGCAGUGUGGCGUACAGUGAGGAGCAGUUCUCAGUCCUGGCCACACCGGACAGCUUCGACGGGCCGAACGCCCCCGAGCCGCAGCUGCCGAGCCGGCCCGUGGACUGCGUGGACGUGCUGAAGCAGCUGGGCGCGGCGCCGGGCAAGUACGUGGUGCAGAUCGUGAGCGAGUGGUGUGACGAGGGCACGCUGCACGCCGCCGUCCGCAAGGGCGUGUUCAGGGCGCAGCCGCAACACCGCCGCUCGCGGACUUGGGCGCUGCGGGCACUGCUACGAACGGCACGCGAGGUCGCCUUGGGUAUGUGCCACCUGCACUCCCUCAACAUCAUCCAUGGCGACCUCAAGCCCGGCAAUGUGCUGCUCAAGAGCAGCCGCGUGGACUCGCGAGGCUUUGUGGCCAAGGUCGCGGACUUUGGACUGUCGCGGCUGCUGACGGCCACGACCGGGGACAGCUGCGGCGGGCAGCAGUACGUGCCCACCUCGGAGUGGGCCACGGUGGCCUACAUGGCGGGCGAGUACCUGGACAACAAGCUGUGCAAGAGCUCGGACGUUUACUCGUUCGGUGUGCUGCUGUGGCAGAUGUUCACCGGCAAGGCGCCGUUUGCGGGCCACCACGAGGCGCAAGUGGCUGUGGGCGUGAUGACCGGGAGCCUGCAGCUGGAGUGGCCGACCAACAUGCCGCCGCCCCUGGCACGCCUGGGCCAGGCCUGCUGCCGCCACGAGCCCGAGCAGCGGCCCACGUUCAAGGAGUGCGUUGUCGCGCUGGCGGGCAUUGAGGCGCAGGUGCGUGAGGCCGCCGCCAACGCCAAACAGCGCUUCGCGACCAUGUCCGCCUCCGCCUCGUCGCGCGGCAUUGCGCUGCUCGGCGCAAGCAGCGGCGCCGCCUUCGGCCCGAGCACAAUGCCCACGUGCGCCUCGACGCUCGACAUGUCCUGCGGCGGCGCGCCGGCCCCCGUCUCCUCGGCCGCCGGCUUCGGCGCCGGCGCGGGCGCAGCCCACUACGGCAGCAUCAGCAGCUACCUGCACUAUCCGAGCGGCUUCCCAUCGGCCGUGGCGGUGCCGUACCCCCACGUGGCCACAGCCACGCCCUUCAUGUCCGCUGCCUGGGAGGCUGCCGCCGCCGGCGGCGGCGCAUCCGCCGCCCAGCAGGCCCAGCAGGCCGGCCUGCAGUACCCGCCGGGCAACGCGCCCUACCUCUACCAACCGUACAUCCACGUGCAGCCGCAGGUGCCGCUGCGUACGUGCUUUUCAAUGGAGCCCACGUCGCACUUGUACGGGGGGCCUGGCGGCGGCGGCAGCGCCGCCGCCGCCGCCGGGUCCAUCACCGCCGCCGUCGGCAGCACCAUCGGCGGCCCUCUCGACAGCAGCGUCGCCGCCACAGAGCCGCCCAUGUUUAUGUCGCUGGCUCACAGCGCAGGGAAUCUGCAGACGGCGGCGUCCGCCUCCCGCUCCACGACGAGCACAGCCCAGGGCGAGGAUACGACGGCCCCCGCCACCGCCUCCGGCGCGGCGCCGCUGCAGCAGACGCCAGCGCUGUCGCAGGCGGCGCCUAGGAACACAGCCAGUCUGGAGGCUGCCGGCUCAAGCCUAUCGGAUGCUGCCAUGCUUGUCGACGGUGCAAGCCAGGCAGAGGCGCGCGGCAUGCAGGCUGCGCCUGCGCCUGCGGCAUUCGCUGCUGGCCCGGACGUCGACAACAGCCUUUGCUUCAGCAUAGGCUCCGCUGCGCUGCUCCCGGCGGUCUUUGGCAACAACAACAUCUUUGCGGUGCUCCCAGACAGCAGCACCGCCACGAACCAUGCGCACGUGCCAGUCCACACCGUGGGCAUAGCAGCGGGCGCGGGUGCCGCGGGCAGUGCCGCUGCGCCCACCGCGUCGUCGACGGCGGAUGAGUCGACAGAAGGCGCCGUCAGCGCCGCUACCGCCGCCAGCACCGGCACCGCAAGCGUCGUUGACGCCAGACCCGCCUACGGGAGCAUUGCUGCCAGCCACGCGACCCACAUGGGGAACAACGGGCCAGGCCAGCACUUCAAACGGCCCAACACCGGCUUUGACUGUGCACCCGCCGGCGCGCCACUCGCCGUCCCCGCCUCCGCCUCCCGUCCCGUAUUUGCGUCCGCCGCCCCGCCCUCGUUCCGCUGCGACAGCGACGUGGCUCCCAGCGUCCUGGCUCUGCCGCCGUCGCCAUUGCUCGGCGAGCCCUGGGUGCAGUCGCCCAUCGCCGGCGGCACCAUUGGCCGGCUGGAGCAAAGCCUGCAGGGCCACGCCUACGCCUCAUACGCCGACAUCGCUGCGCAGUCCGCGUCGCUGUUCAUGGCGUGCGGCAGCACCGGCGGCCGCGGCUACUGCAUGCCAACGUCGUCCGAACCGCCGUGCGCCGGCGCCACGUCGGCGCCGCAACACGGGGGCGCCGCCGCCUCCGCCGCGGCGGCCGGCCGCGGCCGGCCGCCGCCGCCGCUGCCAGCCGCGGCGCUGAGCAGCGCCUCCGCCGCCAGCUGCGGCACGGCGGGUACGGCGCUGAUGACGGGCAUGAUGACAACGUACGGCGGCAGUGCGGGCCUAGGCUCGUCCACGGUCUGGAGCUCGUCCAUGUACGGCACCUCGCCGCCGCUGCACGGCACGCAUGUGCACACGCUGCCGUUCUACCAGGCGGGCGCCGCCGGCGCACUGGCGACGGCAGCUGCGGCGGCCGCCGCUGCUGCCGCCACGGCCUCUGCGGCGGCGUCUGCAUCCUGCCACGCCCCCGUCGCGACCGACACUGCGCUUGUGUCCCCGCCGAUGCAGCAAUCGACGGCGCCGCGGCAGUUGCAGCAGUGGCAUUCGCAGCCGCAGUCACAGCCUCAGACACCGCAGUCGCAGACACAGACGCAACAGUCACAGGCUCCGCAGCAGCGCCCGGCGCCGAAGAUCCCUCCACCUGCACAGCUCUACGCAAGCGCCGGUCCCUCGCUCGAGCGUGAAAGCUCGCUGCCAGUUUCUGCCGGCGGCUUCGCCGCCACAAGCGCCGGCACAGAUCUUUCUGCCAACGCCACCAGCAGCGCGGUUGCUGCUAUGUUGGGCAGCGACGCAGCUGUGGGGCCGCAUGGUUCAUCCAGUCCGGGCGCCGGCGGGGCCGUGGCCGCCCGCGCCUCGCCUGGCGUGACGCCCACGCGCACGCCGACGCACCUGGGGGCGGCUGUAGCAAACCACCACGGCGGCCCGUCGCUCAGUGACCGGCUACUGCCACACCGCUCCGGAAACCGCUUCGGCGAGUCGCCGGGCAAUCUGUUCUCUGUACCAGAGAUCAACAGCGGCAGCUGCGACGGCUUUAACGCGCCGACCUUCGGUGCCGCCUGCGGCGCCCGCGGCGCCGAUAACUCUGGCAGCAAUGGCAGCGGCGGGCCGCGCAUACUCUCCGGCGUGCCGUCGCCCAAGCAUACGCCGAGUGCCAUGCAGAUGCACCAAAUGCACGUGCAGAUGCAGAUGCAGACGCAGUUGCAGAUGUACCAGCAGCACCAGCACCAGCAACAAGUCGUGCAGGCCAUGCAACAACAGGGUAUGCAACAUGCGGCCACGCAACAGCAACAGCAGCAGCAGGUGCCAUACCCGUGGUACCCGCCGUCGGCCUUCUCCCCUACGCAUGCCGGUCGUGGCUUCCCCGGCAAUGGCUUCGCCCUUCCCACCGGAGCAUCGCCGUACAUGAGUGGGAAUGGCAGUGGCGGCGGCGGCGGUGAAAUUGCCGCUGCCGCCGAGCAGCCGCAUUAUAGCCGUAGCGCAAACGCUGCCGCGGCCCUGACAAGCACUGCACAGCAGCAGGCCCCCGCGCCCGGAGCGCCCGCGGCAGCGGGCAGUGGCAGCGGUGGCGGCUUCGGCUAUCGCACGCUACCCGGCUACAACAGCAACGGCGCGUGGGUCACCGUCCGUAAGCUCCCCGUGCCUGCACAGUACCUUGGUGGCGCGGGCUCCACCGGUGGCGCCAACAGCUUUGGCGGCGGCGGCGGCCCCGGCGGCAUCCUGUCGGCAAUGCCCGUGCCCAUGCAUUCGAUGGGCAGCGGCCGCCGAGGUAGCUCCAGCACCGUGCUGCAACACGUGCCGGAAGAUGACGGAGACAGCGCCAGCGGCGCCUGAAAGAGUGCGGCCGGGGCGGCGUCGCUCGCGAGCUCCUUCGGAGAACGGUUGAGGAGGAGAAUAAUUUUUGGGUUUACCCAGUGUGGGUUGGCCGGAAUGGCCGAUCUGCUUGUUCGUCCCACGCCCAUGGAGGUGGCAUCUGGUUGCAGUGUUGCCGAGCCGUCACAGCUCGGGGCCUGCAAGGUCGCGAUGCGCUGUGGCGAGCGCGUGUUGCAAGCGCAGCAGGGUGACCUGGGGACGCCGCCCGCAGAGCCUUUCGCCUCUCCUGUGCACCGUGACCAAGCCUUUCAUCCGCCCGUUCCCAUGAGCGAAUGAACGACUGAUGCGAUGGCUCAGGCGCGCACAUCCUUACGACCUUACAGCUUUUGGUGCGAAACCAGAAUGCGCGCGUGAGAAGAUGCGACACGGGCCCUCGCAGUGCCGUACACGCAUUCGUUUGCUUGCCUCCGUACGCCUUGACAUCGGGCCACAUCUUGUUACUUGCAUUGAGAGUUAGAGCUAUAGGCCGAACCAUGGUACUUUUGCAGGGCGCAUGUGCAAAGAGCGGUUCUGGCAGGAACGCGCUCCGCCACGCGUAAAAGCGCGGGCUCGGAAGGUUCUGCUGUGUGUCCGCUGUCACGGGGGCCGGUGCAGGCUGUGCGCGCUCCCAUGACGUAUCUUGCCGUUCUUGCUGCAUGAUCCCAGGUAGUACCUGUGAACCCUUGUAUGUGAUCCGCUGCAGUGUUCUGUACUGCUGAUUACGUAUUGCGGCAUGCCUCCAUA